AUGAAUGAUACGACAACCACGACCGCAGAGAUAGAGACACAGAUAACAGAUCAAAAUGAUGACCGUCAAUUGAAACGUGCUCGUCGCGAUGAGCCAACUACAUCAACCUCAGCAGCAGCAUCAUCAUCAUCAUCAUCGUCUGGUCCACUGACAGUAUCAGAAGUACUCACGGAUAGACUCACACAACUGUCAGGCAAGCAUUGGCUGAUGGGCUUCACAAAUGAUGAACCAUACAACUCAGAGUUGGUGACCGAUCUGUUCAACAAUGAGAUCAUCAACACAGAUAUACAGCACUCACGUCGCAGUCUAAAGCUACUCGAGCUGUCACACUACCUCGAGAACUAUCUCUGGCCACACUUCAAGAAACAGGCCUCUGCCAUCGCCACCGCCACCGCCGCCACUAAUAUUGGCGACGUUCAUAUUUGGUCCAUAAUGGCAAUGGUUAAUGAGCGCGCAAAGGUUGGUCUGCCGCCAUUCAGUGUGUUCACAGGUGAUGCCGAGCACUUUAAACAACUGUUUGAUCGUGUCAUCAGAUUGUCUUCGCCCGUUGGCAGUCUUCUCAGCAGUCAGACGCACCUCAUACAAUUCCUCAUUCAUUGUUAUCAAUCGCUGGAGGACCCCAUGGUGCGUGCCGAAUCACUCAAGAUCGUUUCCUAUCCCAUGUGGAUACACCUCUCGCCUGGUAGAUUCGCCGCCGAAAUUGACGACCUGACCACUCCAGCGCUCCAAAAGAAGAUCAUCGCACUCAAGAAGCGAUCACAAAAGGAAGGUUCAUCUUCCAAGGAUGAUAUAUACUCAUCAUUCAUGUUGACAAAGAUGAAGGAGUUUGUGAAGAUGCUCGAUCAGACUGAGGAGGGCGAUGUGGAUUCGAUUAGAUAUUGUGAGCGAUUUGUAGAGUUGAUGGUGGACAUGGUGAAUCAGAUCACAACAAGACGAUUCUUUUAUGCAUUGAUCGAUGAUUAUCAUCUGCUCAUUCGAAUCAGAUCAUCCAAACUAUGCAAGUUGUCCACGGCCAACAACUUUAACGAGGCACUCAACAUCCUCGAGUUCUAUCUCAACUUCCCAAUCAACAACUUCACUGGCCAGGAGAUCCCCCAAGACCAAAUCAUUCAAUCACAUUACUUCCGUAUACAGAACCUUCAGCGAGUAGUAUUCAAGGAGUUUGAAGAGAUCAAGGAGUUGGCAUUGCAGAAUGUGUCGACUGUUGAAGACAAGACGAAUCUGAUCAAUCAGUUGAAGUUAUUGAGUGUGGAGCGACUGAGGUUGUUGGCAAGUAGGUUGAAUCUGCUCAGCCAGGACUGCACGGAGGACAGACAGUUUAUCACAGACGUGGUUAUAGGCUCGCUAAAGAAGCGACGUUACCACCGCGAGGCGCUGGCAUCGCUGCCGCACUACCCCACCGAGCAGGAAUUGUGGAACACCGCCGAUGACAGUGGCGUGCUGAACGAUCGCUACCAGGGCGACCGCUCGCUGCCGCUGCCCAAGCUCAACAUGCAGUACCUGUCGCACCAGGACUACCUCUACCGCAACUACUACCUGUUUAAGACCGAGGCCACUUAUGACCUGCGCGCAGAUCUCGAGGAUGCGCUGCGCAGACUGUCGCCCAAGCGCAACGAAUCGGGCUCCACAAUACUCACGGGCUGGUCUCGCAUGGCCUUCCCCAUGACCAGCUUCAAGAUUGAACACAUCGCUCAACCAAAGGUGGGUGAGAAGCGACCAGCACAGGUGCUGGCGAUGCUCAGCUACAGUCUGGCGGGAGUCAAGUCGGCGGCGAUCGUCGAGGACUGGGAGUCUAUGAAGGAGCACGACGUGAUGCUAUUGGUGUCAGUGCGCGCCACAGUACCUCUCAACGCCAAGCAUGACAACAGUCGUCCAUUCGCCGAGCACUACGGCGUGAAGAGUGUGCGCGGCUGCGAGGUCGUCGAGCUGAUGGAUGAGCGUGGCGGCAGGAUCGACGCGGACAACACCAACAACAGACAACGUCCCGCGCGUGGCCACCAACGCUUCAUCAAGGUGCGUCUGGACAGCAAUCAGUAUUACAUGGAUCAGGAAGACAACAAACUCGAGCAGUACAAAGAGUUCAACAUUGUGGUGCGCAGGAAGUCCAAGGAGAACAACUUCAAGGCCAUCCAGGAGACAAUCGUCUCACUCAUCAACGACCAGAACAACCUACCCGAGUGGCUGGCCAACACAUUCCUCGGAUACCCCAGCGACGAUGACACCAACGCCACACGAGUUGUUGGCAAGACUAUCGACUUCCAGGACACGUUCAUCAGUCGCCAGCACAUCCUUGACACGUUCAAGAGUGAGCAGAUCGACAAGACAGCAUGCUUGGAGCCACCCUAUCGCGUAACCUAUGGUCCCGAAAAGAAGUUGGUCAUUGAGUCUUACAAUCAAUCAAACUUGGCAUUGGAGAACAAUGGAGGCAAACGUGGCAACAAGGUUCAGUUCACCCCGGUGCAGGUAGACGCCAUUCGCUCGGGAUCAUCUGAGGGACUGACAUUGAUUGUCGGCCCACCAGGCACGGGCAAGACCGAUGUGGCCGUGCAGAUCAUCUCCAACAUCUAUCACAAUCAUCCCAACCAGCGCACUCUCAUCAUAACUCAUUCCAAUCAGGCACUCAAUCAACUUUUUGACAAGAUCUACCAAUUGGACAUUGACGAGCGACAUCUGCUCCGACUCGGACAUGGUCAGACCCAGUUGGAGACUCGCGCCGACUUCACCAGAAGUGGACGCAUCGAUUAUAUGCUCAGUCUACGUCUGCAUCGCCUGGCCAUCGUCGAUCACCUGGCCAAGUCCAUUGGCGUCAUGUCAGAUGUCAGUGGCAGUUGCGAGACUGCACAGCACUUCUUUGAACACGAGAUCAAGCCUCGUUGGGAGACAUUCUCCAAACAGCUGGAGGCCGGUGCGAGUGGCAUCAAGUUCCCAUUCGCCGCCUACUUCCAAGCCAGCCUGUUCCAGAAGCCCGAGUCCUUGGAGAAUGACCGUCUAGUCGCCGCCAGAUACUGGACAGCCAUCCAGCUGACCUUUGAGGAGCUGCGCGAGUGUCGCGCGUUUGAGUUGCUCAAGUCUGCAAACGAUCGCUUCAACUACCUGCUAUUGAAACAGUCGAGGAUUGUGGCCAUGACUUGCACACACGCCGUUCUACGCAGGAAUGAGCUGGUGCGUCUAGGCUUCAAGUAUGACAACGUCAUCAUGGAGGAGGCUGGUCAGAUCUCCGACGUGGAGACAUUCAUCCCCCUGCAACUACAGACCACGUCGUCAUCAGAGAACUCGUCGCGACUAAAGAGGCUCGUGUUGAUUGGUGAUCACAACCAACUGCCACCAGUUAUCAAGUGCUCGUCAUUGGUGCGCUUCUCACAUUUGGAACAAUCAAUGUUCACUCGCUUCAUCAGACUGGGAAUUAAGUACAUUCAACUCGAUCACCAAGGACGCUGUCGCCCUGCCCUGGCAGAGUUGUUCUCCUGGCGCUACACCGGUCUGGGCAACCUGCCGCUGACGGACCAGCGAUUCACCCGCGCCAACCCAGGCUUCCUGUACGAGACACAGUUGAUCAAUGUGGACGAGUCGCAUGGCUAUGGUGCCGGCGAGAAUGAGCCAUUCUCCCACUUUUACCAGAACCUGGGCGAGGCCGAGUACAUCGUCUCUGUGUACCAAUUCAUGCGCCUGAUCGGCUAUCCAAGCGAGUCGAUCAGUGUGCUCACCACAUACAACGGCCAGAAGCAACUGUUGCGCAACAUCUUUGAGGAGAAGUGCAAGGACAACGCUCUGUUUGGCAUGCCCAAGAAGAUCACAACGGUCGACAAGUAUCAAGGACAGCAGAACGACUAUAUCCUCCUGUCGCUUGUGCGUACCAAGAGUUUCGGUCACAUCAGAGACGUGCGUCGUCUCGUCGUGGCAAUGUCCCGAGCACGUCUCGGCCUGUACAUAUUCUGCAAACGAUCAUUCUUCAAGGAGUGCUACGAGACCAUCACGAUCUUCCACAAGUACGCAUCGUCCCCCGACAAGCUGGUCAUUGUUCCAGGCGAGGCCUAUCCCACCGAGCGUUUGGCACUCACCAACUCCUACGAGCCACCUGCCGAGGGUAACGCUGACGGCGAUCACUUUGUCAUCGAGAACGGUCAACACAUGCAACAAGUAGUUCAGUCCAACCUCUCAAGUUAA